UCUCGGUCAUAUUAUUCUGAGUUACUAGUUACUACCCAACUGUAGACAUGGCCGAUUGCGAUCCCAGAGAAGAUCCUGACAUCGCUGUUGUGAUCGACACGGGAUCGUGUUUGACGAGGGUUGGGUUCGCUGGUGACGAUGCACCAAGAGCUAUAUUUCCAUCAAUUGUUGGACGGCCAAAAGUUCAACCAGGCAUUGUAGGAUCUCAUCUCAAAGACACUUACGUUGGGGACGAAGCAGUAGUCGAAAAUAGCAUCUUAAAGAAAACAACUCGCCCUGUAGAAGGAGGCAUUAUAACAAACUGGGAUGACAUCGAAAAAAUAUGGUUACACUCUUUCUAUAACGAACUAAGAAUAGAUCCAACGCAACGAUCAGUAUUUUUGACAGAGGCCGUUACAAACCCAAUUGUUUCCCGAGAGAAAACGACGCAAACCAUCUUUGAGAAAAUCAAAGUUCCUCGCGCUUACCUUUGCUCACAUGCUUAUCUCUGUCAAUAUGUGUACGGAUAUACAACAGCUACUGUGGUUAGCGUUGGCCAAGAUGUCGCCCGUGUAGUUCCAAUGCAAGGCGGUCAAAUCAUCGGCAAAGCUAUUUCACAUAUGUUCAAGGCCGGUACUGAUCUGGAUUAUCAUUUAUUGAAGUUAUUGAAUGACAAAGGACAUUCAUUUGCAACUUCAUGUGAUGUUGAAAUAUUGAGAGAAAUCAAGGAAAAAUUAUGUUACGUUGCCCUUGAUUUUGAAGAGGAGAAAAAGAAAAUGACCGAUUCUAUAAACAAGACCUACACACUCCCAGAUGGGAAGGAUCUCACUAUAUCAGAAGAACAAUUCAGUUGCCCCGAAAUACUAUUUGGAGAGACAGAUCAAGAAACAACUCUUCAUGAAUUGGUUCUCAAAUCUAUUUCAAGGUGUGAGGAAGACAUUCGAAAUAUGCUGUUUGAACAUAUUCUACUGGAGGGCGGAUCCACUUUAUUCCCAGGCUUCCCUGAACGUCUGCAGAAAGAAGUGCAAGCAUUAGCUCCUGCAGGAAUCACUGUACAGGUGGAGGCGAUACCUGACCGAAGACAUUGUGCCUGGCUUGGAGGAUCGGUACUGACUUCAACCGGAAUGUUCCAACAAUAUUGGAUAACAAAAGAUGAAUAUGAAGAGUGUGGACCGAGUAUUGUGCAAAGGAAAUGCUACCAGGCGCCAUGAUAAACCAAGGAUAACUGACAAUAUCGCUCUCGGAUCUUACUUCUGUUUUGCGUAUACUUUCAUUAAAAAGCCGGCUAUGCACCAAAACGGAGAAGCGAGUGUUUCAAUAAGCGGCCAAUGGUACACUUGUAAUAUUUUUGCCGUAAUGGAAUCUGCAAUAUGCAAAGUCACACUAUCCUUUGCCUCUUUUACUAUAUCAAAUGCCGUAAUGAAAUCUUCAAUACUUAAUAUAUAUAUUAUUUGUA